GAGCGCCUCGCUAGUCCCUCCUGCCGCAGCCGCUGCCUAGUGCCUAGUCAUUAGUUGUUUGCAGCCGCUGAGAGGUGACUCGGUGUCGCGCGAGGAGCUCGCCUACAAUUUUGUCCGUGCUCGUUGUGUGAUCGUGUAAAGAUGGUGCUGGCAAUGGAUCCAGAUGAGAAGUAUCACUACAGCUACAAGAAGGACUUCCGAACGGCGCUGCCGCAGCUGCUUGCUGUCAGUGUUAAGAACCUUCUGCUUCUAGGAUAUGGAAUGACGCUGGGCUUCCCCACCAUUCUCAUCCCGGCUGUCAAGGAUCCAAUGGAAGGCGAGAUACUGCACUUGCAAAAUUCAGAAAUAUCAUGGAUAAGUUCCAUAAACCUCAUAGUGGUGCCAAUAGGCUGUGCGUUGUCCGGAUCAGUGACGUCACCGCUGGGGCGGAGGCGCGCGAUGCAGCUGGUCAACCUGCCCUUCUUCAUCGCCUGGCUGAUCUUCCACUUCUCCAAGACCACCUCGCACUUGUACACGGCGCUCAUCUUGACGGGCUUAGCGGGUGGUCUCCUGGAGGCGCCCGUGCUGACAUAUGUAGCGGAGAUCACGCAGCCGCACCUGCGCGGCGCGCUGUCUGCCACCAGCUCCAUGUGCAUCAUCAUUGGCGUGUUCACGCAGUUCCUCUUCGGCCUGCUGCUGUACUGGCGGACGGUGGCCCUCGUCAAUAUCGUAUUCACGAUUUUAGCAGUAGUCGCUCUUUGCUUCGUGCCCGAGUCUCCACAUUGGCUUGUAUCUAAGAAACGAUAUUCCGAAGCGAGACAGAGCUUGCAAUGGCUCCGCGGUUGGACUGCCGCGGCCAACGUAGAUGCUGAGUUGAGGGACAUAGAGGCUCUUUACAAGAAAAAGAAAGAGGCAGAAGGAGACGAGGAGACGCUGCUGGCGCGCAUGUCUCUCUACACCGAGAGGAGUUUCCUGGUGCCCUUCUUUUUGGUCUCCUACGCGUUCUUCGUGGGACACUUUAGCGGAAUGACCACGUUGCAGACGUACUCCGUAUCGAUAUUCCAAAUGCUGGAGGCGCCGAUCGACAAGUACUACGCGACGCUGAUCCUGGGCGUGCUGCAGAUCGCGGGCUCGUGCGCCUCCGUCUCGCUGGUGCACUGGACCGGCAAGCGGCCGCUCACGCUGCUGUCCACUGCCGGCGCCGGCCUCGUCUGCCUGCUCGUCGCAUCCUACGACGCGUACAUUAUUACGAGUGCCGAUAAAGAUGUACCAGAAAUCGUAAACUUUACUACUACAGCUAGCAGCGGCAUUAUGGCUUCGAGUAAUCCGACUGCAUGGAUUCCCACAACUCUUCUGAUGCUGUUAGCCCUGAUUACCCACAUCGGCAUCAGACUGCUGCCUUGGAUCCUCAUUGGAGAAGUGUUCAGCGCCCGCACGAGGGCGGGCGGCGCGGGGCUGGCCAGCGCGGUCGGCUACAUCUUCGGCUUCCUCACCAACAAGAUGUACAUCAGCAUGGUGGAUACUCUGUCCAUUUGGGGCACGUACGGCCUUUAUGGUAUUGUGAGCCUCAGCGGCUGCGUAGUGUUCUACUUCAUCCUGCCGGAGACCGAGGGGAAAAAGCUGAAUGAUAUCGAGAAUCACUUCGCGGGAUUGAGCAAGUUGGCGAACAAAGUGUACCGCUCUAAGAGACGACCUCCCCCAGAGAUAACGAAAAUAAGCGAGUUAAAAGGCACCACCAACCCCACAUUCGAGGGAGACGCCACGUACAUUUAAUUAUUGCAUUUGAAAUCGAACUUGACUCAGUCUCGUUAGCAAAUCUUAUAUUUAACUUUUUAGAAUUGUGCUGUGUAUAGAUAAUUAAUUUUAGAAUUGACUUUUUCGUUAAAGUAUUUAUUUUUUUACAUUUUGACAAUUCUUUUCAUAAAAUUGUUUAAAUAUUAGCAUAGAUAAUUAAAAACAUUGUUAACAACGUUAAAUUGACAAGAAUUGUAAAUAAUUGUCGUGUUCAUGUAUUUUGUUAGAAGUAUUGGAUUGUGUCAUAAAUUGUCUGUGAUCAUGAUUUUAUAUUUUUUAAGUAAUUUACUAAUUUUCAAUAUUUAUAUUAGCUAUUUAUAUUAAAUCAAAACUUAAUAUUAAUGUAAAUUCAAACUUUAUAAAUUUACAAGAAUAGUUGACGUAGGAAGGUAGAUAAUAAGUUAUUGAUGUGUUUAAUAUUAGAAAUACAUAUACAUAAUAUCCUCACGAUAAGGAUUUUGGAGAGGGAAAAUGCAUUCGUUCUUUUUCAAUUGUAACGUCUGUCAAACGCGUGAAUUUUAAGCACUUCACCGUAAAGGUUUUUUAUGUUUUUUUUUUAUUUUUAUUGUCAGGAGCUCUUAUACAAGCACAAAAACUAAAUAAAUUUAUGUACGUCACAAAGGAAAGUAGAUAUCCAUUUUAUAUGAAUUUGGUAUUAUUAAUUGAUAGAUAAGCUAAACAAAAACAUAUACCGAAGCUAUGAAACUGGCUGUAAAAGCGUACAGACAGAUGUGAGAGACUACCAUAAGCUGUUAGUAUACCUGCUGUCGCAAGCAAGUUUGCUCAGCGCUCGAUUCGAUUCAUUGUAUUCGGACUUUUAGGGAUAAGAACUUAUUCAAAUUUUAAAUAUUUUGUAUAAAUUAAUAUUUAAAAAAUUUAUUUUCAAUUUCAUUUUAUUCUAGGGUUACAUAUUCUACAAAUAUCAAUUGCCUCAUCAGAAACUCUUUUACGAAUAUGUUUUGUUGCGUUUUUUUUUUUGCUAUACCGCAAGUAUUUAUAAUUUUAGGGAAAUUAUUGUAUCAUCAGCUUGAAUAUAAUUAUUUGAAACAGGGUUCUUUUGUAUGUGUGUGUAUUGUGCAUCUAUAGUUGAAUUCAUUGGACGUAUGUUGUAACAGUUGCACCUAAUGAAUUCUAAAAUGUUUAAUUUAAUAAUUUAGUAUAAGUCUUUAUUAAUUUAAUAAUAGAUUGUAUUUUUUUAUAUUUAUAUGCCUAUGCACAAAACGAGCGCAUUGUAAUGCAGCUACUUUGUAUUAUAUGAGUUCAUGUUUAUAUAGAUAAGUCUAAUUUGUAAAUAUUAAAAUUAUUGUAUUGA